GCGAAGGGAGCAAGUCAGCCACAGCAUCUCACCACCACUUGCUCUCUGGAACUGCUUCAGAUGGGCUCUUUUAUGUAUUUUUGUUUUUUUAAGCUGUCCUUCCGUGCGAGUGACAUACGCGUUGAUCUUAUUUAACCUCUUGGUGCGUCUUUAGAGUGCGCUCCCGCGGCUACUUUCUGGUGGACAAACUUGGACCGAAAGGGAUGCGCCAGCCAGUGCAUUUUGUCUGAGGACUGAAGAUGGCCAAGAAGAACGCCGCCCCCAAUGGAACGAGGCCACUCGUUUGCCAGUUUAAUCGUCAAAUAAUUUAGAGCAAGCCGCAAAGUUAUAUUUCUGCCGAGGGGGAAGAAAAAUCAAUAUCCCUUGACCACUGUCGGGAGGGCAGACGAGGUUGCACGCUUCUGAAUUUUAAUGCGGUAAAGUUAUAACCGGAUUGAGUGACACCUGAAGUUAUUUUCUUCCUCAAAAUAUUGGUUGGUGGACGUACCCGCUUUUGGACGGAUUGUGACCAAGCUCUUUCAGGAAGAGCUUCUGAUGACCCCAUGGAUCAAAAUUUACAAGUGAUGCUGUUUGGACUCGUAAUGCUGCUCUGCAGCUCUGCUGAAGGCAGCAUUCUGUACAGGGUCCAGGAGGAGCAGCCUCCCAACACUCUUAUUGGUAGUCUGGCUGCAGAUCAGGGGCUGCCAGAUUCAGGCCAUCUAUACAAGCUGGAGGUCGGUGCCCCUUAUCUACGUGUUGAUGGAAAGACUGGAGAUAUUUUCACCACUGAGAUCCCCAUCGAUAGAGAGACGCUGAAAGACUGUCGGUCGCUUGUCAGGGGUAAGCCCUGCUACCUGGAAUUUGAAGUAUCCGUAACAGAUCUGAUACAGAAUCAAAGCCCGAGACUCAUUGAAGGACGCAUUGAGGUGCAGGACAUCAAUGACAACACCCCUCAAUUCCCUUCUUCGGUGCUGACCAUAUCCGUCCCUGAGAACACGAUCAUGGGAGCGCUGUUCGCCAUACCUAUAGCAACUGACAGGGACUCAGAUAGGAAUGGGGUGAGUGAUUAUGCCCUGACAGCGGGACAAGAUGCAGCAACACUCUUUGGUUUACAAGUGGCCGAUGACAGGGGUGGCAAGCUACCACAGCUUAUUGUUCUGGGCAACUUAGAUCGUGAGGUAAAGGAUUCUUAUGACCUCACCAUCAAGGCAGUGGAUGGAGGAAACCCGCAGCGCUACAGCAGUGCUUUGCUGCGAGUAGUCGUCACCGAUGUCAAUGACAAUUUACCAAAGUUUGAAAAAUUAACGUAUGAGGCAGAAGUCUUGGAGAAUAGUCCAGUAGGACAUUCUGUGCUGCAGGUCAAAGCAAAUGACUCUGACAUGGGCCCCAAUGGAGAAAUUGAAUACACACUUCAUCAAGCAGGAGAUCCUGUGCCAAAACUCUUACGAAUUGAUCGGUCCACUGGUAUCAUCUAUGUCAAAGGACCGCUGGACCGAGAGGAGAUUGACAGCUUGUCCUUCUAUGUGGUGGCAAGGGAUAAGGGUCCACAGCCAAAGAGCUCAAAGACCUUUGUCACCAUUGAGGUGACUGACCAGAAUGACAAUCCACCAGCUGUGGAGAUACGUGGGAUUGGUCUUGUGACACACAGUGAAGGAAUCGCUAACAUUUCAGAAGACAUGCCGGUGGGAACAGCUGUUGCUUUGGUGCAAGUCUCUGACAGGGAUGAGGGAGAGAAUGCCGUGGUCACGUGUGUGGUUGCAGGGGAUGUGCCCUUCCAGCUUCGUUCUAUCAGUGACUCAUCCAGUGACAGCAAAAGGAAAUAUUUCCUGCAAACCACCACUCCCCUCGACUAUGAAAGGGUGAAGGAUUAUCGAGUGGAGAUAGUGGCUGUAGAUUCUGGAAAUCCAGCGCUCUCCGGUACCAACUCAUUGAAAGUACAGGUAACUGAUGUGAACGAUAACUCUCCAAUAUUCUCCCCAACGUUGUUUGAGGUAGAGUUUGCUGAAGAGAACCAAGCUGGAGAAAAAGUUUUGGAUGUGAUCGCUUCAGAUGCAGACAGCGGCACAAAUGCAGAUCUUAUUUAUAACAUUGUGGCAGACACAUCCAUCAAGGGUCUCUUUGAGAUAGAUCCAAAUACCGGGGAAGUCAGAGCCCGGAACCCGCUUGAUCGUGAGCACAAAGAACACUAUGAGUUUAGGGUCACCGCAGCUGAUAAAGGCUCACCUGUCCAUAAAGGAACCGCAAGUGUUGUAAUCAAAGUCCUCGACCGCAAUGACAAUGACCCCAAAUUCAUGCUUAGUGGCUACAGUUUCUCAGUUUUAGAAAACAUGCCUCCCCUCAGCCCAGUUGGCAUGGUAACAGUUAUGGAUGUUGACAAAGGUGAAAAUGCUCACGUUCACCUAUCUGUGGAGUCAGAUGGAGGAAAAUUUGUUGUUCAAAAUGGAACUGGCACCAUUCUAUCAAGCAUAUCUUUUGACAGAGAAAAAGAGAGCAGCUACACUUUCCGUCUAAAAGCUGUGGAUGGAGGACAACCACCUCGCUCUUCUUAUGUGGGUGUAACCAUCAAUGUACUGGAUGAAAACGACAAUGACCCCGUUGUUACAAAGCCCUCCAAUUCUUCCUUCAGACUUUUGUCACCCCUUGCUUCCCCCGAUAGCCAUGUGGAGAUGGUGGAAGCUGAAGAUUUGGACAGUGGGCUCAAUGCAGAGAUGGUUUUCAGCAUUGCGGGCGGUAACCCUUACCAGUUAUUUCGUAUCUCUCAAUCCAGUGGAGAGAUUACGCUAGCAAAGGAAAUGGUCCCAAAAUAUGGCGGACUACAUCGCCUGGUGGUUAAAGUGAGUGAUAGAGGGAAGCCAGCACGUCAUGCCACUGCCUUAGUCCAUAUUUAUGUCAAUGAAACCAUUUCAAAUGUCAGUUUAGUUGAAGCUCUGGUUGGACACAGUCUUUACACCCCGCUAGACCGGGAUAUCGCCGGUGAUCCUGACAACGGCUUUGCUGCACAACGGAGCAACAUUUUGUUCGGAAGCCUCGCUGGAAUAGCAGGCGUCGUUAUGCUCAUCGUGGUGGUAGUCUUUAUACGACACCGCAUUCAAAGAGAAACAAAGAGUGGAUAUCAACCCGGCAAGAAAGAAACAAAGGACUUAUAUGCACCCAAACAGGCACCAAAAAAUGCCAAAGGGAAGCGAGGUAGGCGAGGAAAACCUCCAAAAUCUCCCAAACCACUUGGGGAAGAAGAGGAGGUCAGCCUCCAAAAAAGCCUCAAGUUCAACCUUGAUGCAGUCAAUGAUAGCCCAAGGAUACAUCUGCCCCUGACUUACUCACCAGAAAGCCCUGAUAUAGGUCGGCACUACCGCUCCAACUCCCCGUUGCCCUCCAUUCAGCUGCAAGCACAAUCUCCCUCAGGCUCGCAAAAACAUCAGGCAGUCCAGGACCUUCCGGCUACCAAUACCUUUGUAGGGACCGGAGGAGAUGACAACUCUACUGGGUCAGACCAAUACUCUGAUUACAGCUACAAGACCAGUCAACCCAAGUACAACAAACAGCAUCCCCAUCGGAGAGUGACCUUCUCCACCGCCAACCCUGUCCAGGACCUGCAGGAUGCCUCCCAGCACAGUUACUAUGACAGCGGCUUAGAAGAAUCAGAGACACCCAGCAGCAAGUCAUCGUCUGGCCCUCGCAUCGGACCCUUGACCCUGCCUGAAGAUCACUUUGAGCGAACCACUCCAGAUGGCAGCAUUGGCGAGAGCGAACACCCUGAAAACGACAUUCGCUCACUGCCUGAUGUGGCAAUGACCGGAAACUGUACAACUGAGUGCAGUGAAUUGGGCCAUUCAGAUGCGUGUUGGAUGCCAGGGCAUCCCUCUCCUGUACGCAGGACCAGGAACCCCCCGAAACUCUCCACCUUUGUGCCUUACCAGGAAAGAGGGAGUCUGGGACGCCUGGCAAAUGGCAGCGCCAUUCUGGGUGGUGAAGAGCACCGGUCACGCCUUCCACCCUCUCGCAGUGCCUAUACUAGCAGCGUUCACGAUGCCAGUCAGGACUGCCCCUUGGAGGAGAUGCCGCUCAGUGUAACAUCUGAGUUCCCACCCACCUCGCCACCUGCCCACACUCCAAAAAGAGAAAUCUAUCUGUGAAUAUUGGCCAGUGCACAAAUGAAGAAAAGAUCAACCAUGGCAGUGGAACAAAUACGGCUGCCCACCUACCAAUGCCAAUGCCCAGUUGAAAUUAACACGAGACAGUCAUGCAUUCUAUUAGCGGCGUGAUCACUCGGGUCAUUUGCCAUCCUCACCUUUUAAUUUAUUAGCAUAUUUAUUACAAAUUCCACAAGGUUAAUUGAUAUGCGCUAUAAUUUAUUUAUUCAUGAGGUUCAAAACGAGUUUGGUCAGUACUACUUUUAGUAGUAACAAAUAAUUGUUGUAGUUAGCCAAGUCCGACGGUGUCUGCAGUGAUCUUUUGAAUUUGAAAGUUGUGAACAGUGCUUUUGUGCCAUUGGUAGAUUUGGAUAGAGAGCCAAUAAGGCCAUUCAGACGGCAUUAUUCUUUUGACUACCAAUCAAAUGAAAUGUUCUCUUGUUGUACAGUGCUGUAAAUACAUUUUGAACAGUGUGCUAUACGUAUAAUUUUGUCUAGCAGAAGCUGAUAAAAAAAAAGGAAUUUGGCUCAGAAUUUCGGCGUAGUUAAGGCUUUCUUCGCUGCUGCUGUUUAAAACUUGAUUGAAAACAUAUCUGGGAAAGAAGCUCAAUUUUGUGGAAAGCAUUUAUCCGCGCCAUAUAAUCACAAACACCUUCAACCCCUAAUCAUAGCAAAAUGGCCUUUACCUCUGCUCCCUGCCGAGUUUCACCGUGGGUGGAGAAAGCUCUGCAGUAACAUUUCAACAAGCAUUAUGUUCCAUUGACUCUCAGCACUGUGACCUAUAGUUUAUCAUCAAAACGCUUGACUUGGCCAUAGUCCCCCGGAGUCACAUGGACCAAACGACAAAUUGGGACUGUUUUUUUUUUUUUUUUGCCUCAACUCCUUGUGACUCACUCACAAUAUACUAGUGUGUCAUUUUUCUGUUCUGUUUUCAAGCUCUCCUCUAUCCAGACAAUCGACUUACUAGAGCUUUCCCUUCACAAGGUAUGAUGACGCCUCUCGAAUUAAUGAAUAUGUAAAGUGCGAGAAAAAACAAAAACAAAAAAAAAACACUUAAGUGGGAAAUUGGAGUUCAUGUCGCACUUAAUGUAGUCCUCUUCAUUCUAAGCACUUUUCUUGUUUUUUUCAAAGCAUCCCAUUUUAUCACUCGCUGUUUUAAGAGGUAAAUUCAGUGCCCUGUGUAUCUACUUAUUGGAGAAAGGCGCAUGGUCCUUGAAAAGCAUCGUGCAGGUAAAUCAUCAUUAACAUAAUGUAAACAGACUUGUAUUCAAGCCAACGUUCUCAAUACAUCAAUGAUUCCCCCCCUCCCUUUGGCUACAAAAAUGUAGGGAUUUGUUUCCCCUAAUGGAAAUUUUCCAAGUCAAUCUGAAGGAUAUGCCUGAAGGACACUUUGUAUUAGUCAGUAAUUGGAAGCUAGUAAUGACUACAUUAGCCCGUCUUGCAAUAUGGUACAGUGCCAGGCGAUGUCUUUGAUUCAAACAUUGAUUUGAUUAGACUUGUAGAUACCUUUCACCUCUGCAGCAAAAUUUCCACGGUGAGAUUGUCUCUAAGUAAAGAAGAAAGAUCUCUGAAUAGACCCAUCCUAAUGAGGGAAAGUAAUGAGUCCUGAGCUGUGGUGUGUGUGUGUGCGUGUGUGUGUGUGUGUGUGUGAAGCACCUCCCCAGGACAAGGCGCCUACCAAAUAAUGCACAUCUACCCGCCAGCACUACAAUCAGUUAAAAGGAUCAGCACUUACCUCAUCACGCCGCCAUUGAAAACUGCAUUUAGAGUAAUUGAACUGAAUACAUAUGGAAAUUACUGGACAUGGCCAUGAUUAAAUAAUGUGGGCGAUUAUCCUGCCUUGAGGGGGAGAAAGAGCGCAUUAUGCUAUUUUCAAAGCCAUUUAGUGACUGAAAUAAAAUUCAAAACAACAGCCAUGAUGCACUGUGAUUAAAGCCCCACGAGUAGCCGCUUCAUGGCCCGGAAGCAGCGGGUGCGAUCACUGACCUGGAAUUGACGACAAACUGAAAGACGGCAAGGAGUGAUAAAGCCAAUGCCACAUCGCCUCAGUCACAACUUUUAUCCGUUUAGGUCUUCUUGACUCAUGUAUUUUGGACCUGCAACUGCUUUGCAUCUAUCCUUUUUAUCCCCAGGGAUUAAUCCACACCUGAUACCAGUUUAAGUAGACGCUUAUCUGAAAUGUAUCUCCUCCUCGAUCGGCAGAUUGGGGCAGGGAUGAUAGGAUGUGUUCGCCACAAAAUAAUGCUUCUGUUUUUAUUCAGAUCCUCAAACUGACACCAACACAAUCAAAGAGAAUUUACCCACGUUACUUUUUGAUUUGACGUCUUACUAAUUGACCCCUCUGAAAUAGAGAGAGGAUGACACUGAUCAAAAUAAAGGACGUCACAAAGCACUGAAAUAGAUUUAAAGUAUGUUGAAUAAUGUUUAAUUUGUACUUUGCAUUGAUUUAAUGUUGAAUUCACUUGAGUAUAUUUUGCCUCUCUGUAGUCUGUAUUGUAAAGUGAUCAUUUCUGUGGACAGCUGGACAAAUUACUGCGCUGAAAUUGGCAAGCGGUUUUGUUUUUGUGUCAGUCAAAGACUCUUAGCAAAGCGGUUGUGUGAAAAAAAUAAAAAUAAAAUAUCUGUUGGUGGUGUUAGUGUACAUAGAUCUCCACAACUCUCCGUCUGCUCGCAAAGCAGGCUGGGAUUUCGCAUGAAUUCCAAAGAUAAUUGGUAGAAACUGUUUCCUAUUUCUUUUCUUUCAGUUUCUGAAAUGUCAGUGCUGGUUUAUAUUCAAAAAGGCCCCAGAAAUUUAACUGCGCACAUAUUUUCAUCCUUUUCACCGUCCAUGGAAAACAAAGAUGAUUGCCUUGAGAAUAUGUCUUUGCAAGAGAGAAUCUAGUUGUUAUCCUAAUUAUUGGUAUAUUUAUAUGGGACAAAAAUGCUUGUGAUGCCAUGUUUUUGUACAGUUUUAUGUACAUACAGUGACGCUUUCUAAAAGUUCAGAGAAAAGCCGAUGGCACAUAAAAAUUGUAACUUGUUUUCUUGAGCUGUGCACAUCUUUGCCUUGGUUGGAUUGACCUUUGCUGAGUCGGUGUGAAUGUGGCCGUUCUAUGCCUGCACUGUAGUCAUUCACUGGCUCUCACCUCCUGAAGACUUAAUCGAGUUAUGUUUGUUGUGAACAGUGGAUUGUCUUAUCUUACCAGUUUGUUCAACUCCUGUGUUCAACUUUGUUCUGUUUUAGCAUGUUGACAACUUCUCUUGUAAUACUGUCCUCAUGAACUUUGUAAUAAAAUAACUUCAGGGAAAAAAAAAA